GACUCAAAAUAAACAAGCUCUAAGUCCCGGUCGGAUAAACUUGACCCGAUCUACAAGUUUCCCUUCCUAUUUAGAAAACGAAUCCAACCAAACCCAAAGACCGAAUCUUGGAUUCGCAAGCGAGCGAGGCAAGCAAGACUAGUUAGUGGCAGGCUGUGUGUUUUAAAGGGAAGAUGUCAGGUUAUGAGAAUGUCGUUGGGGGUAAGCUGAAGCUUAAGGGAAAAGCCCUGGAUGUCAAGGCUGGUGGGGUGAAGAAGAAAAAGAAAAAUAAGAAACGUCAGGAUCAAAUUUUAGAGGUUACAGAAAAUGAACUUCCAGCAGGUGGAAGUGCAGAGCUAUCCACUGAUCCUAACGAGGAAGAUGUAGAUGAUGCCAAAAAAAUGAGUGGCGAUGGGAAGACUGUUCAUUGUGACGAUCAUCUCACUCCUGCAGAAAAGCGAUAUAUUGAACAGAGGGAUCAAAUUGAUGUUCAUAGAUUGGCUAAGGUAGCUAAUAAAUCUCACCGUGACAGGAUUCAGGAUUUCAACCAGUAUCUUGCAAACAUGAGCGAGCAUUAUGACAUUCCUAAAGUUGGUCCAGGAUGAUUCAGGCAAGUUUAUGAGUAUGAAGAAGGAUCAACCUUUUAUGUCAAUGCUAUAUGUAUACAAGGUGGUUCUUGUCAACAGUAUUUGUGUUUUAUUUGAUCAUAUUGUGCCAUAUAGCUGAUGAUUUUUUGUUUGGUGGUUCCUUUCUGUUCUGGAACUUGAUUAAAAGUUGCUCUGAAAUUUGCAUUUGCAAGAAAAACUCGUACAUGUAAGUUAUAACUAUCUUAAUGCUAUUUAGUGCUUGACUAUCA